GCCGGCUGUCUGGCCGUGGUGCCCUUCGAAAACCUUUGUGUGAUGACUGCAUGCAUGUGUCCCUUUCCCCCUUCAUGGCCUGGCUGAUGACGGCUCUGCCCCUCACACACACAAGUGUCCCCGUGGCUGGUGGAUGGGUUUUGUUUUCGCCUGUCUGUCCCUCUCAUUUCGUUUGCCUGGCCUGUCUGUGUGCGUCAUUGCGUUCUUUAGUCAUUUUUACUGUCAUUUCUGACGUCCUUUGGCAGCUAGGGUGAUCUCGGGCUGCCGAGCAGCCAGAUCCAAUAAGGUGGGUGCGUCUUUCUGGGGGCGUCACCCACCUGUGUGUGUGUCUGUGUGCCGGGGGGAGAACAGAGAGGACAGCGAAUGCCCCCAGAAGAAGGCAAACAGAGAGCUCAUUAGAAAGCACAGAGAGAGAGGUCCGGCAGAGGGCCGCCACAAGAGACGAGCAAAGGCAACAGGCAGUCCACCGAGUCAGCAGGUCAGUCAGCACCUCACACCACAGCAAGCACUCCAAAGCUGAAUGAGUAUCUGUGUUUCUGUGUGUGUGGUUUGUGUGUGCUUCAGGUUGGUUGACUUGGCAGCGCUGACUGACCCACAUCUCUCGCCGGCCGUAUCAGGCAGCGGCAGCCCCGCCGCACUGCAACAGCCUCGCCCUCGCCCUUCAGCACGGCCAUGAGCAGCACGCGGAGGACAAAGAGGGAGGAGGACAUCCUCGGGGCCGUCCUCAACAGAGAGAUGCGUGUGGCUCCUCAUACAACAUCUGACGUUGGGGCGUGGCGUCUGUCCGCCUGGCCUCGCACCCCAGCAACAAACCGGCACAUGGGCGGGUGGACAGCAAGGAGACCCUCUGACUGACCGACGGGCGGGAUUCACCAUCUCUAGCGGCUGCCUGCGCUCGGCAUCGGCUGCCGAGCAGCCCCCCUCACCCGGCCGCCCAACGUGCCAGGAGGCGCCUCUCCCACCAACAACGGCAGCUCCGGCGCCGACACCGGCCAGACGCUCUGCAACAAGCCAUCGUUGUCGACUGUCCACAGGGGGAUUGGCUCGUAUCGCCAGGCAAUCAGGGCGGCUCGUGAGGAAUGUCGACCGGGGAGGAUGUCUUCGGCGGUGGCGCGGGGCGACACGGUCGGCCACUCCGCCCGCUCGGCGCCGAUUGACGAGGAGGGGGCGGGGCAUGGCAUGCUGACGGGGCGUGGUACUGUACGGCCAGAGUGGGGCUGGGCUGCUGUGUCGCGCGACGAGACGAUGCUGUGCCCAUCGAGCAGGCCCCUGUGUCAGACCUACUUGGACACUUCCUCGGUAAGCCAGCCACACACACACCAACCAACCGACACAAAGAGGUGACGUGACUUGAUCCUGUGUCCCCUUCAGGCUUUUUGUGCCAGGGUCCUGACGUCAAGGUGCGGCGCCGAUGCCCUCCGCAUCGAGCACCGGAGAUGGAGAGAAACGUGUCGCUAUUUGUGGAGGCCCGCAGGCAGAGCGCCCCCAGCAGCAGCAUCCAGUCCACACCCGAACAAGACGGAUCGUCCAUCCACACCGAGGCCGACCGACAGAAACGCGCUGCCCUUCGUCCAUCUCAGCCACCAGCACCCACCACCGGCAACAGUGACCUCCUGGAGGGGCUGAAGUCGUUCGGCCAUCGGCCAGCCCGCAGCGUCUGUGCCCUCUCCGCCGACGAGAAGCACCCCACCCACCACCCACCACCCACCACCCACCGCCACCACGAGAAGAGGCCCCCGCGCCCCCAUAUGUAGACAGACGGGGGAGGAUGGCUGUUUUUUGUUUUUGUCUAGGGUAUGGAUGUACGUUAGUUAAUUAGUGUAUUGUAUUGUAUUGUAUUGCUUUUGAGUCAGCAGCCCUACCCGUUCCCUUUUCUUCUCCUUUGUCGUAUUCUUUACGUCCCUCCGUAUGGUGCGGACGCUGCUUUCUCCUUUUGUUUUCGUCCCUCCGUAUGGUGCGGACGCUGCUUUCUCCUUUUGUUUUCGUCCCUCCGUAUGGUGCGGACACUCCCUUUUCGUUCGUGUGCGUGGAUGUGGUGUGUCGCUGUCGACUCCCCGUCUGUCUACUUCUUAUGUGCGUCGGCGGUGUUCUCGUUGACCGAGACAAUCGGUUGGUGGUGGUGGUGGUGCUUGUCGG